AAUAAAUAAAAACAAUCACUAAAUAACCUGAAGAUAAAAUAGAAAUAUGAUUUAUUGGGAACAUUUCACCAACAAAGCAACAGGAAAUCAAAGCAAGUAGUUUCACACAAAGAUAAAAUGUAAAAUCUAUAAAAAUAUUGUACAGUGUUUCAUCAGCAGUGCUGUUCAGACUUCAUGCUUUUACUCCAGUCUAAAGAAAUGUGCAGUGAAGGUUAUAAAGUCUGACAGCAGCUGGGAGGAAGGAUCUGUGAUAACGGCUCUUUGAGCAUUUAGGAUGCAGCAGUUUGUCACUGGAACAGACAGACGGGUCCAGUCCACCACGUGGACUGGGUUCAGAGGGCAUCCAGCACUGGUUUCAGUAUGUUUCAAUGGUUUCUUUAGGUUAUACUGGUUCAUUUUAACUCCUUUUCAUUUGACUGGAGAGUUUCUGUGGUCAGUGUUGGUGCAACGUCAGAGGGAAACGAGCAGCGAACGCCCCGAGGGGAGGAGAGCGGAGGAGUGACGGGUUUGAUGACCAGCUGGGAGACGCAGCAGCAGGAAACCAUCAUGAUGGCCCGUCUGUCUUCGCUCUGCCUCGUCUUCCUCUCCCUGCAGGUCAGAUGCAGCUCUACUGUUGAAACUUUGUCACAUUAUGGAGUUUCUGGAGGAAACACAACUUUUUCAUGCGUCUUUCUCUCAUCUGGAAGAAUAAAGUUCUUCUGCAGGGAAACCUGUGAAGGAGAAAACCUCCUGAUCAGAACCAGUGACGACGCAGCUCAGAUCGGACGAUACAGAACCGAAUAUGUUAGAGAAGCUUCCAGAACAUUCUCGGUUCUGUCUGUGAGCAUCUCAGAGCUGACCCGGUCCGACGCCGGUCGGUACCGAUGUGGUCUGGGCGACUCUUCAUCACCAGCUUCAUUCCUGGAUUUCAGGCUGGUUGUUGUAGACGACCUGCUGGAUGGAAACGAACAUCAUCACAUCCAUAGAGACGCUGGCAGUUCACUGACAGUCGCCUGUUCCUUUGGCUCCUCUGGCCUAGUCAAAUCCUUGUGCAGAGGGGAAUGUGGAGAUAAAGACCUUCUUGUUGAAACUGAUGGAGUCGGUGCUAAUAAAGGCAGAUACAGCAUUAAAUAUGAUGGAGAAACAUCAGGAGCAGUUCUGCUGGUGACCGUCACACAGCUGACCCAGUCUGACUCCGGACGGUACCGAUGUGUGAUGGACAGAACUUCAGAUCUGUACAGAGACUUCAGCCUCACCGUCACUGAUGCAGCCGACCCGUCCGGUCCCACGCCGACGACUCAGAGCUUCAGCUCAAACGUUCCUGUGGUGGUUGGUGUGACUCUGGCUGCCAUGAUGGUUCUGAUCCCAGCAGCUCUACUGGUUUCCUGCAGGAGAAGAUCUCUGAGAGAGAGCAGAGGAAGUUCAUCUGGAUCAAACUCUGAGCGAACCACAUCCACUCUGAAAGGUUUCUACCAGAACCUCAGCCCGGCCACCAGGGACCAGAACCAGAUCUACUGCUCUCUGGAGAACCCAAAUAAAAUCCUGAUUUCUGUUUCUGAGCCUCAGGAAUGAAAAGAUUUUCACCUGAAAUCUGAAGAAAACUGAAAAUGAACAAUAAAGUUUUGCAUAAAGCAACUUAAAGCCAAAUCAUUUUAGAUUUAGAGCUGCAGUUUAAGACAAUCCAGUGUGGGAUUGUACUUGAACGCACCGUUGUUGGACUGGCCUGAGCCAUCAGAACCGCUCUGUGGUCUCAUGAUUGGGUUUGGACCGGGCUGGAGGCUGCAGAACGCCGGAGCUGCACUUUGCUCUGUUUUUCUCCGUAAUGUUUUCACUCGACUUGAAAUCAUUUCAGAUAAAUAAUGAGACGCUUUGUGACUCAAAUCUUUGCAUAUCUGAAGAACUUUGGUCCAGUUUCAAUGUUGGACCAGGAGAACCUUUGAUCUGCAUCUGGACAAAUUUUAAAAUAGUUCAUUUGUUUGCCGAACCAAAAUGGUUCCACCAAGCAUUUUCAGUACCGGUACUCGGACGGAGCCGCAAUCAGAUUGAAUUCUGCAUCUAUUUGCUGACAGAAGCAUUUUACACUGGAAUUAGUUUAGUUUAGCUAAAGUUACAUAAAAACAUAUUUUGUUUCUUUGCUUGAUGUCAGUGAGAAAAACGAUCCAAACAUUUUUUCAUUUAGUUUUUUGUUUCACUGUCAGGUUCGUUCAUCCCGGUAUGGGAGCGUGUGUGUUCAUGGUUCUGUGUGUCGCUCUGCAUGGCUAAAAACUUUUCUAAGAAACUCAAGA